AUGUCUAACCAAUCAACUGAUGGAUUCCAAGGUUCUCAACCUUUUAUAACAGAUAAACAAUUUGAGAAUUUAUCUUUGGAUGAAAUAAGACAUAUUAUUGAAGAAGAAAAAGAAGAACUUAAGAAAGAUUAUAAGGAAUUAGGAGAAAGAAGAAAACUAAUUAAACAAUAUAAAAAAUUAAAAGAAGCUAGAGAAAAAGUGAGAGAAGGAAUUGAUAUAAAAAAAAGUCUUUAAAAAGAAAGCCACUGUAAAAAAGACGCCCCCUUCUGAAAAGAAAAAGAUAAAAUCAUUUGACGAGUAUUUUGAGGAAUGUAUAAGAAAUAGACAGAUCCCCAAAGAUACUCCUUCUUAUUUUCGUGAAGCUCUUGAGCGAGCUAUUUUAGAAUAUGACCAAGGACUUGAAAAAGAAAAAUCAGCUUUUGAAGACUUUGCUGUUAAGUAUAUUAUUCAAGGAAUUCCUGGUCUUACUCCACUUCAGUUUUUUGAACGAAUUUAUAAAACUUUAAAAGAUUUUUUCAGAUAUCAUCGAAAUAUAAAAUUUAAGAUGAUUUUGGUUUGUAUAAUGGAAAAACAAACUGUUCAACAAAAUGUUGGUGUUGUAGGAUUAGAAGAAGGUAAAUCUUACUUUACUUCAGGAACAUAUAUUAAUAUUAUAUCAACAGAUGUUGACAAAUUAAUUAAAACAUGUAUAGUUGGUAUCGAAGGAGGUAUUGAAAAUUAUCAACAAACUGGAAGUGCAUGGUAUUUUAAAGAAGUGGAUAAACUUGAAAUUCAUACUGUUGAAUAUAAUCCAACAAAGGGGUCACCUUACAUUCCUCUUCCGGAUUGGAUAUCAAAUAGAAAAGCAACUGUUAAUAUUGAAAACAAAGAUGAAAAAUGCUUUCUUUGGUGUAUACUUAGAUAUCUUCAUCCUAAAAAAAGAGAUGAAGAAAGACUAACAGGUUUAAAAAAGUAUGAGUUUUCACUUAACACCGAAGGAAUUACUUUUCCUAUGAAAUUAAAAGACAUCACCAAAUUUGAAAAACUUAAUCCAUCUCUUCCAGGAAUCAAUGUUUUUUCAGUUAAUGAAAACAAAAACUUUUAUCCUUUGAGAAUGGCGGAGAGAGAUUGUUUGAAUACUAUUGAUUUAUUUUUGUACGAAGAAGAUGGUGUUUCACAUUAUUCACUAAUUAAAAACUUUACUCGUUUGAUUAAGACGCAAAAAACUGCAAGUAAGAAUGGUUCAAUAUUUAUUUGUAAAAAGUGUUUUAGUCAUUUUACAAAGUAUGAAUUAUUACAAAAACAUAUUGAAUAUUGUUCAAAUAAUGAAACAGUUUCUGUAGAAAUGCCAAAACAAGAUACAAUGUUAUUUUUUUAAAAUUAUGAAAAGCAGUUACCAGUUCCUUUUGUGGUUUAUGCUGAUUUUGAAUGAUUUACAAAACCAAUGAAUACUUGUAGUCCUAAUCCAAAAGAAUCGUAUAAUUAUAAUUAUCAAAAGCAUGAACCAUCAGGAUUUUGUUUUUACAUAAAAGGAAUAGUAAAUACUAUCUUUUCACCUAUUGUUCACACAAAAACAAAAGAAGAUGAAGAUAUAUCAAAAGUAUUUGUAGAAAAACUUAAAAAAGUAACUAAUAAGAUAUAUAAUGAUUUUUAUCGUAGACCAAUACCUCUUAGAUUAACAAGAGAUGAACAAAAAUUAUUUGAUGAAGCAAAAAUUUGUCAUAUUUGUAGUAAAGAAUUACAAAAUGAUAAAGUUAGAGAUCAUUGUCACUUUACUGGAAAGUAUCGUGGAGCUGCGCAUAGAAAUUGUAAUCUUCAAUGUAAGAAACCAUUAGUUCUUCCAGUUAUAUUUCAUAAUCUUCAAGGGUAUGAUGCGCAUUUAUUAUUAAACAACUUGCUUGUUUAGAAGGAGAAUUAAACUGUAUUCCAUCUACGGAAGAAAAAUAUAUUUCCUUUUCAAAAAAGAUUAAGGUUGGUGAGUAUAAAGAUAGAAUAACUGGAAAUACUUUUCCAAUAAAUUUUGAAAUACGAUUUAUAGAUUCAUUCAAGUUUCUUCAAACAUCACUUGCCAAUCUAGUUGGAAAUUUACAACCAGAUGAUUUUCAUAAUACAAAACAAAUAUUUAAGGAAAAUGUAGACCUACUAACUCGUAAGGGAGUUUAUCCUUAUGACUAUGUUUCAUCAUUUGAAAAACUAUCCGAAACACAAUUACCUCCAAAAGAAGAAUUUUAUUCAAAAUUAAAUGAUGAAGAAAUAAGUGAUGAUGAUUACCAACACGCUAUUAAUGUAUGGAAUACUUUUGAAUGUAAAUCAAUAAGAGAUUAUCACAAUCUUUACCUAAAGUCUGAUGUCCUAUUAUUAUCAGAUGUAUUUGAAAACUUUAGAAAAACUUGUCUCAAACAUUACAACCUAGAUCCAGCUCAUUAUUACACAUCUCCUGGAUUAGCUUGGGAUGCAUGUCUCAAAGAAACAGGUCAACAAUUACAGUAUGUUGCCCAGUAUCCGGACGGUACCAGUAUCCGGACACUUUAAACAAGAACUCAAUUUUUGAGGGGCCCUUUUCAGUUAUCGGUAAACAAAGUAUUUCGAAUGAAAGCUGAACAUUUCAGCUUUAAGAUGAAAGUUUUGGCGAUUUGAAAGCUUGCGAAACAGUCGCAGAAGACGCCGUCCUGUUCAGGUGAGUAAACUUUUCAUGGCUAAUAUUUACGCUGUUUACUGCGCAUUAAAGUUAGUGCUGCUCAGAAAAGGGAGGGUAAUGUGUGAUAUUUUCAAAGAAACUGUUUUAUUUUUAAAGUGAAGAUACUUAAGGAAGUCAGGUUUUCAGAAAGUUUAUUAAUUCUUCUUGAAAUUCGAUUUGUUUAGAAUAACGGAAGCCAGAAACAUUCACUAAGUUUUGAUGUCAUGUGCCCAGUAUCCGGACAGUUUUUUCUUUGCUGUACAGAAUCGAUGAAUUAGUUGUGUACAUUCUCCGGACAAGAUUUAUUUCAUAUCAGUAACUAUAAUUAAAGCUUAGGAUAUAUGAAAAGAAGCUUUUAAGUCGCUCGCCUGUCGAAAUUUAUGUACAAUUACAUUUUUUAUUGUUGUGUCCAGAUACUGGGCCAGCUGUCCGGAUACUGGGCAACAUAGGAGCUCUGCAGAAAUAUUAAUUUCGCGAUAGAAACAAAGGCAAAAAAGUUAUACUUUCUUUCGUCAUAUUAAGGACUAGAUAGAUUUUCCCUGGGCCAAAUUUCAGAGCUCUUGCGAUUAACAAAGGAAAGUUAUUGCAAUUUUAAACUGAAGUGUCCGGAUACUGGGCAACAUACUGUAUAACUGUUGCGCGAUUAUGAUAUGUUGAUGACGUUUGAGCGAGGUAUUCGUGGUGGAAUAUCUCAUAUAUCAAAAAGAUAUGCAGUAGUAAAUAACAAAUAUAUGAAAGAUUAUAAUCCUAAUGAGGAGUCUACUUAUAUUCAAUAUCUUGAUGCAAAUAAUCUUUACGGAUGGGCAAUGUCACAACAACUUCCAACACAUGGAUUUAAAUGGAUGAGAAACCUAACAAAAGACACUGUAAUGGAUAUUAUGGAUAAAACAAAUCAUAGUAUGUCAAAUCGUGGAAGAAAAGGAUAUAUAUUUGAAGUUGAUUUGGAAUAUCCUUCAAACCUAUGGGAAACACAUAAUGACUAUCCACUUGCACCUGAAAAGAUGAUUGUUAAUGAUGUUGAAAAACUAAUUUGUCAUUUUAAACCAAGAAAAAACUAUGUUGUACAUUAUCGAAAUUUGAGGCAAUAUGUUGAGAUGGGAAUGAGGCUAACUACUGUUCACAGAGGAAUAUCAUUCUAUCAAAGUUCUUGGAUGGAACCUUACAUAAGAAAAAAUACAGAAUUUCGAAAAACAGCAGCCAAUAGUUUUGAGAAAGACUUUUUCAAACUAAUGAAUAAUUCCGUAUUUGGAAAAACAAUAGAAAACAUAAGGAAAAGACAGAAUAUAUUUCUUAUUGAUAAUCGUAAGAAAGCUGCCAAACUAUCAAGUCGUCCAAACUUUGACAGAGCAACAAUAUUUGAUAAAAAUCUUAUUGCGGUUCAUAUGAAAAAAACUGAAGUGUAUUUUAAUAAACCGGUGUAUGUUGGUCAAGCAAUUCUAGAUUUAUCAAAAACAUUAAUGUUUGAUUUUCAUUAUAACUACAUUAAAAAGAAAUAUAAAGACAAAGCUGAGUUAUUGUUUACAGAUACCGAUAGUUUGAUGUAUCAUAUUCACACAGAUGAUUUUUACAAAGAUAAAUUCCAUGACAUAGAAACCAAGUUUGACACAUCUGAUUAUCCUCCUGAUCAUCCACCUGGAAUACUGACAGGGGUUAAUAAAAAAGUGAUAGGAAUGUUUAAAGAUGAAGUAGCAGGAAAACAAAUAACUUGUUUCGUUGGAUUGCGACCCAAACUUUACAGUUUUAGAAUUGAAGAAGAUAAAGAAGUACGUAAAUGUAAAGGAAUAAAGAAAAAUGUUGUAAAAAAGAAAUUAGAUUUUGAUGACUAUGUUCAAUGUUUAUUUUUGGGUAAAAAACAAAUGAGAUCAAUGAAAAUAAUAAGAAGUGAAAAUCAUGAUAUAUAUUCAAAAGAAGUUAACAAAAUAGCUCUAAGUAAUGAAGAUUAUAAGCGUGAAGUUCUCUUGGGAAAACUAAAAACGAUCGCUUUAAGGUAA